AUGGUGGAUUCAAAAAUGGGAUAUUCUAGUAAAGAAAGAAUAAAAUUAGUUAAGCUAUACUAUGACAAUAAUCAAUGUGCUAAGGCUGGGGCAAAAAUCUUUAAUACAUACCAUCCAGAAAAAACAUGUACUGUGCGCAGCGCUUGUCAAAAAGCUUCCCAUAGUGCUCCUCGCUGGGUCUCCCUAGGAACCGGCCAACAGUGUAUUGAUUUUGAGCAAGUAUUCCCAGAAAGGAUACCUAUAAAUCAAAUGACAAAUGUUCGCCUUACUAUAAGAACUCUUCCCGCUCUUCCACCGGGUGCUAAGUACAAAUGCGUAUUUGGUGACGCAGAACCUAUAGAUGCAGAGGUUACGGAAAACGGACUAUCUUGCUUCACUCCUGAAAUAUCCAGACGACCUAGGAUACCUUUGGAAAUGGAUCAUGUGUUAGUGCCGUUGAGUGUUCGGUCAUCAGAAACAAAUAAGGACUUUGUAUCGAGAAAUUUUGCUUAUUAUGAUUGUGGAAGGCAUACAACUUGCGGGGAAUGUGUAAAAUCAAAGUGGGCAUGUAAUUGGUGUGUUUAUGAAAAUAAGUGCACACAUAAUAUAUCCGUCUGCCAGAGAAGCAUCAUCAGUGGAGAAAAUAAUCCAACUCAUUUGCCAAAGCAUGGAUUCGUUUUCUGUCCACAAUUUAAACGAAAAAAUGAAGCGAUUCUAUUACCUAACAAUGUGUUGAAAAAGAUAGUAUUUGAAGUUAUUAAUCUUCCGAACCCAACAUCAGUGCAUACUGGUUUCCAAUGUAAAAUAGUUAUUGAAGGUGCUACAAUGCUAGUCCCAGCGACAGUUGAGAAACCUGGCAAUAUAGCUGUAGAGUUACUUAAAGCAGGAGGUCCACUCCUAAUAGAACAGAUAACUUUUCUAAUGGACCAAUGCUGCCAACAAAUUAAAGUACCAUCUGAAUGGAAAACCGCUCACCAAGUGUCCAUAUUUAAAAAGGGUAAUCAAAAAGAUCCUAACUGCUAUAGAGGACUAAGUGUCUUGCCUACUUUCGGGAGAUUGUUUGGAAAGAUAAUAAAUGGAAAAAUACAAGAUGAUGUAGGACAGGGGUGCUCAAACGGUCGAUCGCGAGUGCUUUUUGGGUAG